AACAUCAGUUUACAGUUGCACAGUUCUUUAGCAUUUAAAAUACAAAAUAAAAAUGUUUCAAUAAUGGACAAAUUAGUUACAACAUGGAUUUAAAUUGAUUGGAAUUAUUACAUCACAACCCCCAUUAUUGGAUUAUAAAGACAAUUGUUAAAUCACAAGAUGCCAGAGGUCGACGGACAGAACAGACAUUGUGGGUAUUUAGACAUUGAUGAGAUGGACACCAAGAAAAAGUUCCAACAUCGAUAUUUAAUCGUGGAUCGUAAAAAAGGUUUAAUUCAGUGGUUUAUCGACAAACCAAUGAAAGCCAGUGACGAAGACAAACCGUGUGGAAUCAUAAACAUCGGGUACAUUACAAAGGUGGACGUCGCAAGUAAAGCUAAAGUUUCAUAUUGUUUUGUGAUAAACACCCCAUUCAGACCUUAUUAUGUUCAAACAAUCAACCAGGUUGAGUUGGAGGAAUGGGUUGAGAUAAUCAAUGAUGCAAGCAAAAUAACGGUCCCCCCCGAAGCGAUCCGAACCCCCGGCCCCCUCCCACCAGCCCCGGGCAUCAUCCCAUGGCGCGACCCCACAGGGAGCCAAACCUCGUUAGACGCGAGUAUCGACCCCGAACAAACGUUCACGUAUCGAACCGAGAUCGUUGGAGGGGUCGUCGUUAAGAAGAAGUGCACACUAGAUGGCCAAGUAGUGAAACAAGACGAGCCAACUUCCCCCACCAGCCUCACCCACCCCGACCAACAUUUUCAAUUCCCCAACGUUGGUUCGAAGAUUAUAAAGCAGGGGUGGGCCAUCAAGCAAGGACAUGUGCGAAAAAAUUGGAAACGAAGAUAUUUCAUUUUAAAACAGGAUCGUUUUGCGUAUUAUAAAUCGGAUCAGGACAAGGAGCCAAUACGUAGCAUCCCCAUCAACGAAAUCCUCGCUGCUCGAGCCGAAGAUGAAAUGAAACCUCGGGAUAAUUUGUUACUUCUCGCUACGACUGAUAAGAUAUAUUAUAUACAGGCGGAAACAGAAGACGACAUGUAUGAAUGGGUCGAUGCUUUCUGCAACGCCAUCAACAUUAAUAGAGUGCAGAGUCAGAAGAAAAAGGGGUCACGCAUGAGUAAAAAGCUGAGCAUAAUUGUGGACCCCCGCACCCUCCCUUACCCCACCCUUGCAUCCCCCUUAUCCCAAAGCACAAGCAACCUCAUCCCUAUCGUCCCAACCCUCCACCACCCAACAUCCCAGGUCAUCGAUCAUGACAACUUCGUCCUCGGACGGUCCGACUCCACCAUAGACACACAAUACUUGGGCGAGAGCGAGCACUCGGUGGCAUCCAUCCCGCCCUACAGCAGCUCACAGGAAAGCAUCAAUAGUAAAAGUACAGAGUCCGUACAUAAACUUGUCAUCGCUGAUAAAGUUGAAAAUAAGCCGAAAAAAACGCACCGUCGAGCUGAAUCCGAGGUUACAUACUUACCCACCCAUACAGUGGAGUCAGCUACAAGUCGUAUCCACACCGGGAAGAAAUAUAAACCAGGGUUGUCACUCGAUGACGAGGAUAUCCUGCCACGACCUGAAGUUCGGUUCAAAGGUCACGGAGAUGGUAAUGUGAUGUCUAUGGAAAGUCAAAACCAUCCCAUGCUGAAGAAAUCGUUGUCAGGUUCGUCGAGCAAGUCGGCCAAUUACGUCGUGAACAACCUCGACCCCAUUGUCGAUGUUCGAGCUGCUGUCAAACCGAGCACGGUGAAAAAAAAGAAAAACCCGGGAAUCUUGUUUUCGCUGAACACCAUGCUCACGAGGAAAGCCGAUAAAAUGAAUAAAAACUCAAAGAAAAACUCCUAAGUAGUCCGCUGAUGACAUCACAGAGCAUGACUUGACAGUUAAAUGAUGAGUAAGCAAAUAUUUGAGAUGGUGGGACGACAGUACGUAUUUCUAUGCGACCAUAUUUGGUGAAUUUGUAUUUUUAUUACUCCAGAUAUUUUUGCACUUGGCGCAAUUUUUUUAUCCUCUUAUUACGAGGUGCAUAGCCUUGUGCGUCACAAAUACUAUUGUGAUGUCAUACAUGAUUAAUUAUUUGAGGAUUUUUCCAGUAAAAUAAUUUUAUUAUUUUUGUUUUAGUUGAAAUUUUAACACGCUGCCGUUAUUUUGAGCUACACUGUAUUAUAGAUACCUGGUAGCUGACAAUGGAUAUAAUUUAAUAUUUUUUUCAAAAUUGUUUUUUCAAAGUUUUCAAAAUUGCAAUACAUUUACAUUUUUACCAAGUUAUUGUAAAAUUCAAAUAUUUGGGUUGAAAAUUUUUAACAAUUUUUAAAAAUGUAAAGUUUGUAAAAUAUUUUACUAAAACUUUUUAUUUAAUUUGUUUGUUUUAGCUUUGAAAUAACUCUGUGUGCAAUGUUUAACUUAAACAUUGGAAUUUAACUUUUAUUUGAAAGUUACUUCAGUCUGAACAUUGUGAUUUACGCAAAAACUUUUUGCUCCAUAAUCCAAACUUGUGCAAUCAACAAUAAACAUUGUGGUAAAACUAAA